AUGGCGAAUGCCUCAGCCAAACUGAUCCAGUCAUUAAUUGGGAGCAACAAAGUAGCUGUGUUUUCUAAAUCAUAUUGUCCGUAUUGUAAACUUGCAAAAAAUGUUUUAAAUCAAGCUGGAGCAUCAGGAAAAGCAGUUAUCGAGUUGGAUGAGCGAGAUGACGGCCAUCUUAUACAGAACGAACUCACAGUUUUAACUGGUGAAUCAACUGUGCCUCAAGUAUUUAUCAAUAAAGAGUUUGUAGGUGGAGGUACUGAAGUUGAAAAACUUCAUGAAACUGGAAAAUUACAAAAGUUGUUGUCAAAUCUAUAG